UUUACUGUGGCAUACCUUACCACGUAAUUCUCUCUUUUCCCCUUUUUUUUCCCAAACGCCAAGUCCAGACGUCACAUUGACGGAGAGACCCCAGAGAGUCGACAUUUCUUCUUUGUUUCUUCUUUUUAAUACCAUCCGUGAUACUUGUUCUUUCUCGUCUUUCCUUUGUCGUAUUUUCUUCCUGGAUUUCCCCGACUUUGUGGUGAUUGGCGCAUCAACCCACCAGAACCUUAAAAGAGCUACGGAAGCUGCCGACAGCAGAGGAAGCUGUUUGGUGAUUCAUGGCUGGCAAGAAGCAUUCUUGUUGCACUUGAAAUUUAAUAAAUAAAAAAAAGCUACCCAGACCCGGCCUUGACAUCUCCAAACACCCCCCUUCUGAGAGCGCGUCGAAGCGCCACUCCUCUCCAUCAUGGCCUCGUCGCCCGCGACGCCGCAAGGGUCGUUGCGCCAGCGCAAUGUCCCCGGCGCAAGCAAGAAGAACGACGAAAAGAGCUCCCAGCCUGUGGACCUCAAGGAUAUAAAGAAGGCUGCAAAGGGCCAGCCCGUUGGUCCCGAGCGCGAUCACCAGGCUGCCUUCACCGUCAUAACCGUCUUGGCAUUCAUCACCCGCUUCUGGGGAAUUAGCCAUCCCAACGAGGUCGUUUUCGACGAGGUUCACUUUGGAAAGUUUGCCUCGUACUACCUCCAAAAGACCUACUUCUUUGACGUUCACCCUCCGUUCGGAAAGCUCCUCUUCGCAUUUAUGGGAUGGCUGGUGGGCUACGACGGUCACUUCCACUUCGACAACAUUGGCGACUCUUACGUCGUCAACAAGGUCCCCUAUGUCGCCUUCCGCUCGCUCCCGGCCCUGCUGGGUGCCUUGACCGUAUCCGUCGUCUACCUGAUCAUGUGGGAGUCUGGCUACAGUGUGCCGGCAUGCAUUCUCGCCGCUGGUUUGGUUCUGUUUGACAAUGCCCACAUUGGCCAGACGCGCCUGAUCCUUCUCGACGCCACUCUGGUCUUUGCCUUUGCCUGCAGCUUGCUGUGCUACAUCAAGUUCUACAAGAUGCGCCACGAGCCGUUUUCCAGAAAGUGGUGGAAGUGGCUUAUCUUGACCGGCUUUGCGCUUUCCUGCGACAUCUCCACCAAGUACGUUGGUGUUUUCGCCUUCAUCAGCAUUGGAUCGGCCGUCGUCAUCGACUUGUGGGACCUUUUGGACGUGAAGCGCAAGGACGGUGCGCUGAGCCUGCCUAUAUGGGCCAAGCACUUUUCUGCCCGCGCAUUCGGUCUCAUCAUAAUGCCCUUUAUCUUUUAUCUCUUCUGGUUCCAGGUUCACUUUGCAGUCCUCACGAGGUCCGGCCCCGGAGACGACUUCAUGACGCCCGAGUUCCAGGAGACUCUGAGUGACAAUGUCAUGCUGGCAAACGCCAUCACAAUCAACUACUACGACACGAUCACGCUGAGGCACAAGGAGACCAAGACGUACCUUCACAGCCACCCGGACAGGUACCCUCUGCGCUACGACGAUGGCCGUGUUUCUAGCCAGGGUCAGCAGGUCACCGGUUACCCCUUCAACGACACCAACAACUACUGGCAGAUCCUACCCAUGAACGACGACAAGCAAGAGGGUCGUGUUGUGAGGCACCAGGAACUCGUCCGUCUCCGCCAUCUCGGAACCGAUACCAUUCUUCUUUCCCACGACGUCGCCUCCCCCUACUACCCUACCAACCAGGAGUUCACUACGUGCUCGCUCACGGAUGCAUAUGGUGACAGAGCCAAGGACACGCUGUUCGAGGUCAGGUUCGAGAACGGAAAGCCCGGUCAGGAGUUCAAGAGCAUCGCCUCGCACUUCAAGCUCAUCCACAACCCCAGCAAAGUAGCCAUGUGGACACACACCACCCCGCUGCCCGAGUGGGGCCACAAGCAGCAGGAGAUCAACGGCAACAAGCAGGUCACCGUCAGCUCCAACGUGUGGUUCGUGGAGGAUAUCCCCUCGCUUGAGGCCGACCACCCCCGUCGUGCCAAGGUCGAGAAGAAGGUCAGGCAUAUGCCCUUCAUCCAAAAGUGGUUCGAGCUCCAGCGCUCCAUGUUCUGGCACAACAGCCGCCUCACCAGCAGCCACCCUUACGCCUCACUGCCCUACCAGUGGCCAUUCUUGCUUCGCGGUGUCAGCUUCUGGACGCAGAACGACACCCGCCAGCAGAUUUACUUUUUGGGCAACCCCAUAGGAUGGUGGUUGGCCAGCAGCUUGCUCGCCGUCUACAUUGGCAUCCUUGCAGCGGAUCAGUUCUCGCUGCGCCGUGGUGUGGAUGCGCUUGAUCAUCGCUCGCGCUCGCGUCUGUACAACUCAACUGGAUUCUUCUUCUUGUCGUGGUUGACACACUACGUGCCAUUCUACGUCAUGGGUCGUCAACUUUUCCUUCACCACUACCUCCCCUCGCACCUUGCGUCCUGCUUGGUGGCGGGUGCGCUGAUCGAGUUCAUCUGCAACUCUGACCCGAUGGACGGCGACGAUGUCCCCGCUACGGGCGGUAAGAAGGCUGUUGCCGUCAAGCCCAAGCGCCACAUCACGGCGGCCGAGAGGUUUGCCGGCAAGAGCUUGAUGGUCACAUGGGCCGUCUGCAUGGGUAUCCUCGCCAUUGUCAUCGCCGGCUGGUACUUCUUCCUGCCGCUCACGUACGGCUACCCUGGCCUGUCCGUCGACCAGGUUCUCAGGCGCAAGUGGCUCGGCUACGACCUGCACUUUGCUAAAUAGAUCGACAAUAGCGAAGGGCGGGUAUGAUGCGAUCCAAGGCCUCUUUUAAUUCAAUCUCUUUCUUUUCUUUUGGGAGAUCUUGACAAUGGUUGUCGAUGUUUUGUACGAUGGAGUAGAGAGUUACCCGCGGAAGACACUUUGUUGCUUUUUAUAGAAGGGGCUCAGUGUAUUGAGGAAGAUAAAAAAAAAGGAAAAGAAAAAAAAGAGGAGGGGGAUUUGAGGACUACAGAUACAGGCGAGUCUCUUGGUGACGAUCUCACUCCAAGAUCGUUUACAAGGCUGCCACUUACAGCAAGCAUACUUGAAUGAAAAUUUCCUUGGUUCAUUGUACCGUCGCCGCCCUUGUCUCAAAUCACAUGGACGUUGAAGGGAAUUUUUCACGACUUCUGGUUUUGGAGUUGAUGCUGGAGUGGGACCAAGUAGAAGGUAAACUUACAAUUAGUGUCGAGCUAAGAAUUCAAGGACUUCCAGCUAGGUCAGCGAGGGAGUCAACCGUACCCAACUCGACCAGUGUUUCGGAAGGAUACAUACUAUAUCGCCCAACUCACCCAACCACCACAACCUCACGCAGCUUCGAACCCCCGGGCCGAGUCCAGCUCAGCACAUCGUCGACGAGCUCCUCCCGUCCGGGUGCCGCAUCACGGACAAGCUCUACCGCCGCCGCCGACGAGGGCGCGCAGCCGAGGCCGUCGUGCACGCGGUACAGCGCCGCGGGCCCCGUAACGCGCGCCGACCCCCUCUGCCAGGCCUUGCCGUGCGCCGCGAGCCGCCUCUUUUGGUCGCGCCGCCUCUCCAGCGGGAAGAGGUCCUGGUCUGCGCCGGCCACCGCAACGGCAGCGACGGCUCCUUGUUGGCGCCGCCGCCGGUGCUUGUUGGCCGCGUUGCGCGCGUGCAGCCUCGCCCAGGCCUGCUGCGUCUCGGGGCAGCAGGGGGUGCUGUGGCUCGUGCCGCAGCUGUCGUCGUCCCACGCGCCGCUGACAAUGUCGCCCCACGGCAUGCUGUUGAAGAGGUCCGCGUCGGCGGCGCGGAGGCGCGCGACUGCUGCGCGGAGGUUCGGGCGGGCUAGCACGUGCUCCACGACGUCGAGCGGCGGCAGGGAGGCUGGGAGCGAGAGGUAGGCGGCCAGGUGCUGAAUGGCGGUCGAGGGGACGAUGGCGUCGAGGUGGGCUGGGGGCGUGGCGAUUGUGGAGGAUGCUGUUGGGGUCGUGGGUAGAGGGGGCAGUGGCUUGGAUAGUUGCGGUGGCUCGUGUGCCCAAGUACUCCUCCUCUGGGAGAGAAAGUACUUCUCGACCUCGUCGUCGUCGUCCUCUGGUGGGGAGAGUGACAAACCGCACAGUCUGAUCUCGUUUGCCAUCGCGGCGCCGAAGCUUCCAUCCUUUGUCCACUGGAAAGAGGGUAUCCUGGGGGUGCGUGUGGUAGAGGGGUGGCUGUCAUGGUCCACACCGUCGUUUGUCUUUCCGACUCCAGCGGAUGACAUAGCAGCCCCCUGACGGGACCGGCUCUUCAGGCCAAAAUUCAUGAGCCCGGCGGGCGUCCAGCUCCUAUUCUCGGCCAGCAGGCGCGACUCGGCCUCGUCCCUGCGCAGCUUCAGCUGGGC